AUGACCAGCAUUCAGUUAUUAACAAUUGGAUCUAAUCCAAAUUUGGUAUUCUAUGCCUGGAGGUUACAGGAAACGAAAUCUGUGGAAGUGACGGUCGUAAAUCCCAGUGUCAACUUUUCAGGUGGGGUCAACUUUGAUUCUUCGAUCUCAGGUAAGAUCAACUUCAAACCUCAGAGUAGUUCCCAAAGUUUAGAGACAGUGGCACGGACAACGAAAUAUGACAUCGUUAUAUUGAGUUGCGUAUCUUUACAAGAGUUUCAAACAUUGUGUAAUGACUUGAAAGAGUAUAUUUCCGACGAUACUCUCUUUGUUGUGGAGAGUACAGGAUAUGUAAAUUUAGAACCAUUUAUUCAGCAUAGUUAUCCAAAAGCCAAAAAUUUAAAGGUAUGUGCAAUAAUGAAUGAAUUCGACGUCAGACAGUUAGAUGAAAAAACCUUCCAGCAGAGAACACGAAGCAAUGACUCUAGAAUUUACUUUGGUACUUCUUUAAAGAGUUCGAAUAUAGCUAAGGCAUCUAAUUUUCAAAGAAUGUAUAAGUUACUUCAGUUGGUGCAUGAGGACUCCUCGGAAAAAAUAAGCUUGCUUAAGUCUGUUAAUACUAAAGAAUUCAUGACAUAUCAGUGGAAAUUGGCUCUUCCUAGGAUUGUAUUCAAUCCUUUGUCUAUAAUUUUUGAGACUGAGUUUCCAGAAUCCUUGUCGUCUCAAAUUUUGUGCAAACCAUUAAUGACUGGAAUCAUCAAUGAACUAUUCAAAAUAAUCAAGAAGAUGGACUGUAAAUUGGUUAAAGGAUACGAAAACGAAACAAACUUGCUAAAAAACUGGUCUAAGUGCUACCCUAAAACCACUAACAGUGAUUCUUAUAUCGAUUCACCUCAAUUAUUCUAUGAUUUCUAUAUGCAACAUGAAGUUGAAGUUGAUUUAUUAUUACUUCAACCUAUAUUAUUAGCAGAUGAUCAUGGUAUAAGAACACCAUAUUUGGAAAACAUAUACUCAACGAUGAGCCAGCUUCUCAAGAUAAACAGUGCUGAAUCAAAAUCGAUAUUUUUUGAAAGAAAGCCUCGUGGCAUUGACCGUGAUCAGAUUAAAAAUACCUAUGAAAUGAAAUUAAACCAGAUAAGCAUUAUGGAUUCUGACUUGGCAAAAAAACAAAGUGAAAAACAACAGUUGGAGGAGUACCUAAAUGAGAAGAAGUAUUCUAAAACUCAAUUAGAAGAUGAAAUCUCGAGAAUGAGAGUUGGAUUAAAUAACUUGAAUUUGAAUAUGGAAAAAGGCAGAUUGGAUUACGAAGCUCAAAUGAAGAGGAAUGAGGAUGCUCAACUUCAACACGAAAGACUACUUUACGAAGCUCAAGCCAUCAGUAAUGGUAAUGGCAGUAAAAAUGUAAACGAGGUGCAGAAUGACAUCGCCACACUUUAUAAUGGCGUGAAGCAGCGCGAUGUCAGGAGUUCAGUCGUACCGGGUGAUGAUUUACAUGAUUUGGCCGAUAUUGCUUUGUAUGGUGAUACAUUGAAUGGUCAACAAGUCAUUGCAGAGAAUGAGGACGGGUCUAAGAUGGGCCACAACAACAAUUUCGGUAACCAGCCCCCGCAGAAUUUCCAAGGACAUAACCAUCAGCCUUCAUAUUCUAAUGGGCAUGCGAAUGCCAACGGUGAUUUUUCUCAACAAUUACGAGAGAAAGAACUAGAGUUACAAAGAAGAGAACAAGCACUCUACAAUAAAGAAAGCAUGCAAGGACAGGAGGGUGCAGCGUACGGCUCAGAAUCCUUACAGUCUGGCUAUUUUGAUGCCUCUCAAUAUCAAAAAGGAUCUAAGGGAUAUCCUCCACAAAUCCAACCUCAUUAUCAACCUCAAGGCGUUAACGGAUAUUAUCAGAAUGGUAUCGGUCCUUCGCCAAUUGAGCAGCAACCUCCUCAUGGUUUACCUUCUGGUGGUUUGCCACUUAAUGGCUUACCCCUGAACUUGAGAGGACAACGUAUGCAACCAAUGAAUUAUCAGCCUAGAAGACAAAGCUCUUUUCCUUCAAUUUAUCAUUUGGACUCACAUGGACAUGGCUAUGGACAGCAACAAUAUCAUUCUGCAAGUUUCCAAAAUGCAGCACCCAUUGAUCCUUUAGUCGAACAAAGAUUUAGAGCUAACCCGAAGAAGCUGAACCGUAGGUCGGCUUUUCCUCAAAUGAAUGGAAACAUGGACGGUCUUGAUAUGGGUGGUAGAGGGGGAAUGCCUAUGCCAGGGUCACAGGGGAAACACAAAAAUGGAAAAGUAAGACCUUCAGUAACGUCAUCUGUAACAAGCCCAGUCUUGCUGCAAAAGAAAGACCCCACACCGCCCGGAAAUGUGUCUCAAUAUCCUCAGCAGUUUCUACAACCUCCUGCAGUCCAAGGAUCAAAUGAAUCCUCAAAUUCAUCUUCCAAUUCAGCAACAAGUGGCGACACUCCAGUAACAGACCAUGCGAAUGAGGCUGCUGAAACGCAACAAGAAAGUAUCCAGAUAAAUGUCCCCAUAACAGAAAAUUACAAACCACUUGGGAAUAUCUCGGAAGCAAAUAAAGACGGUGAAAAACAAAAGAAGAAGAAGAAGAAGGGAUUAUUUAGUAGGAAGUGA